AUGCUUACACUGCCCAAAUCCAAACACACACCUCCCGCCUCCCACAAACCAAGAUGAUGCACUCUGGGGUUCCCACAUGCAUUACUUGUGGUGAACAAGUUGGCUUGGAUCACAAUGGUGAAGUCUUUGUGGCUUGUCAUGAGUGUAGUUACCCGAUUUGCAAGUCGUGUUUCGAGUAUGAUUUGAAAGAUGGCCGCAGUUCUUGCUCAAGAUGUGGUGCUCCUUAUGACGAAAUUUCAACAAUGGCUGUCGAAGAAACAGAAUCUGUCACCCAGAAUACAAUGGCCACGCACCUUAAUAUUUCUCAGGAGGCAGGACUUCACAAUAGAAAUAUUAGUACUGUGUCAACAGUUGACAGUGAAUACAUUGAUGAGUCUGGCAACCCGAUAUGGAAGAAUAGAGUGGAAAGUUGGAAGGAGAAGAAAAACAAGAAGAAAAAAGGUGCAACCAAAGUUGCGAAAGAAGCUCAAAUUCCACCUGAGCAGCAUAUGGAAGAAACACAACAGCAGAAUGAGGCCUUGCAGCCACUGUCGAGAAUAGUUCCUAUUCCAAAGAGCCAGAUUACACCAUACAGAAUGGUGAUAAUUUUGCGACUGAUCAUUUUGGGCCUUUUCUUCCAUUAUAGAGUUACUAAUCCGGUCGAAAGCUCUUAUGGUCUGUGGCUCACCUCAGUCAUUUGUGAGAUUUGGUUUGCUGUUUCUUGGGUGCUUGAUCAAUUCCCUAAAUGGUCUCCCAUCAACAGAGAUACAUAUAUUGAUAGAUUAUCUGCAAGGUUUGAAAGAGAGGGUGAGCCUUCUGAGCUUGCUGCUGUGGAUUUCUUUGUAAGUACAGUUGAUCCUUUGAAGGAACCGCCGCUCAUUACUGCCAAUACCGUUUUGUCAAUCCUUGCCGUGGACUAUCCUGUCGACAAGGUGUCCUGCUACGUUUCUGAUGAUGGUGCUGCAAUGCUCAGUUUCGAGUCUCUUGUUGAAACUGCAGACUUUGCAAGAAAGUGGGUUCCAUUUUGCAAGAAAUAUGCGAUUGAACCACGCGCACCUGAGUUUUACUUCUCUCAGAAAAUUGACUACCUAAAAGAUAAAGUACAACCUUCUUUUGUGAAGGAACGCAGAGCUAUGAAGAGGGACUACGAGGAGUACAAAGUCCGAGUGAAUGCUUUAGUAGCAAAAGCACAGAAAACUCCAGAUGAGGGUUGGACAAUGCAAGAUGGAACACCUUGGCCAGGGAAUAACCCGCGCGAUCAUCCUGGCAUGAUUCAGGUGUUUCUAGGUCACAGUGGUACACAUGAUAUAGAAGGUAAUGAACUUCCUCGUCUGGUUUAUGUUUCGAGAGAGAAGAGACCAGGAUAUCAACACCACAAGAAGGCUGGUGCUGAGAAUGCCCUGGUGAGGGUAUCUGCAGUUCUCACAAAUGCACCCUAUAUUCUCAAUCUUGAUUGUGAUCACUAUGUUAACAAUAGCAAGGCAGUUCGUGAGGCAAUGUGUUUUCUUAUGGAUCCACAAAUAGGUCGAGACGUGUGCUAUGUGCAGUUCCCUCAAAGGUUUGAUGGCAUUGAUCGCAGUGAUCGAUAUGCUAAUCGCAAUACAGUCUUCUUUGAUGUUAACAUGAAAGGACUGGAUGGCAUUCAAGGACCAGUUUAUGUGGGAACAGGUUGUGUUUUUAAUAGACAAGCACUAUAUGGAUACGGACCGCUUUCCUUACCAGCUCUACGCAAGGGCUCUUCCUCAUGUUGUUCUUGUUGCUUUCCAAAGAAACCCUCGAAACAACUCUCUGAGGUUCAACGUGAUUCCAAAAGGGAAGAUCUAAAUGCUGCUAUUUUCAACCUUAGAGAGAUUGAAAACUAUGACGAGUAUGAAAGGUCACUUCUCAUCUCCCAAAUGAGCUUCGAGAAGACUUUUGGUAUGUCUUCUGUCUUCAUCGAAUCAACACUUAUGGAGCAUGGAGGGGUGGCUGAUUCUACUAACCCCGCAACGAUGAUUAAUGAAGCUAUUCAUGUCAUCAGUUGUGGCUACGAAGAAAAGACUGCCUGGGGAAAAGAGAUUGGAUGGAUAUACGGAUCAGUGACUGAGGAUAUCCUGACAGGCUUCAAAAUGCACUGUCGCGGAUGGAGAUCAAUCUACUGCAUGCCCUUAAGGCCUGCAUUUAAAGGAUCUGCACCUAUCAACUUGUCUGAUCGGCUGCACCAGGUCCUCCGAUGGGCCCUCGGAUCUGUUGAAAUCUUCUUGAGUAGACACUGUCCGCUGUGGUACGGAUUUGGAGGAGGCCGCCUCAAAUGGCUUCAAAGACUCGCAUACAUAAACACCAUUGUCUACCCUUUUACAUCUCUCCCUCUUGUGGCUUACUGCUUGCUGCCUGCUAUAUGUCUCCUCACAGGAAAAUUCAUCAUACCAACGCUAUCCAACCUAGCAACCAUCUGGUUUCUUGGCCUCUUCUUUUCCAUCAUUGCAACAAGUGUACUUGAGUUGCGGUGGAGUGGCGUCAGCAUUGAAGCUUUGUGGCGUAACGAGCAGUUUUGGGUGAUUGGUGGUGUCUCAGCUCAUUUAUUUGCAGUCUUCCAGGGAUUUCUCAAAAUGUUAGCUGGCGUCGAUACCAACUUCACUGUCACUUCCAAAGCAGCUGAUGAUGGAGAGUUUGCAGAUCUCUACGUAUUCAAAUGGACAACAGUGCUAAUCCCACCCACAACCAUCCUUGUCGUGAACUUGGUUGGUGUGGUAGCCGGGUUCUCGGAUGCACUAAAUAAAGGGUAUGAAGCUUGGGGACCUCUGUUUGGGAAGGUCUUUUUUGCAUUUUGGGUGAUACUUCAUCUCUAUCCAUUCCUCAAAGGUCUCAUGGGUCGCCAAAACCGGACUCCGACUAUCGUUAUUCUGUGGUCCGUGCUUUUGGCUUCGGUCUUCUCUCUUGUCUGGGUAAAGAUUGAUCCUUUCGUAAGUAAAGGCGACUCGACUUCCACCCAAGCCUGCAUUGCCAUUGACUGCUAAGGAAAAGGAACUUAAAAGCAAUUCCAGCAUUGUUUCUUUUCUUUACUCUUGAGACAGAUCUUUGAAUUUCUAUUGUCUAUUUUUGAUUACAUUGCUUGUGUAAAAAAGGUGCUCCCUGCUGAUAUUGUCCUAGAUUACCAAGUUUACAGAGAUUAGCAGCAGAUGUAUCACCAAGUACAGAAACUGGCAUAUUUUUUGAAAAAAGAAGACAGAACUCGUAAGGCUAGUGUUGUAAUCUCGCGUGAUUUUCUUCAUACCAUUUUUACAAAUUUAAUACAUUGCGAAAGGAUGACAUUACGAAAUC